AUGGUCAGGGCAGCGAAUCCUCCUCUUACCUCUGCAGAAAUAUUGAAAGUGACCCGUGCUUCAAUAAACGUCUUGAAGGCCCUUCGCUACGACUUCUGCUUGUUUGGCAGCGCAGCUUCCAACUACUAUGGCAUGAACUCUCGCGUAGCAAAAGACGUCGAUAUCAUCGUGCUUUCUUGGGACGUAAACCAGGAGGAGCUCAAGGAGACAUUUGUCCAGCGCAACAAGAACUUCUUUCAGGUCAAAUCGACAAAUUCACGGGCGACGUAUACCGUUCUGUGGUACGAACUUCCGGGCGAGCGAAAUUGUAAGGUCGACCUCCUCCGCUUGGGAGAUAUGCGUUUACCAGACAUUCCACGAAACGUCGCCUACUACAUGCCAGAACACCGUGAAAUCCCCCUCUUACCGCUACUCCCGCUACUCUUCCUGAAACUCAUCGGAUGGAGCGCUCGUUUAAAGUCCAAACUGCCACACUGGAGAAAGAAAGUUCCGAACGAUGAAGACGAUAUUUUGUACCUUUUGGACAUUGCUACAAGCCGACCUGACAUCGGGCGUCUUUCCAGCGUUCCUUGGAUCACCGACGCAUUCAGACGAAGGGCUCGAGCGCGCAUCGACCGUUUCGUUCAGAAAUAUCCCAGCAGUAUCCCAAAUUGGAGGGCGAUUGGUUUCAGAUUUCCACGCGAACAAUUUGAAGAACAUUACGAGUCUACAGGUGUAGCUAUAGAGCAUUACGCAAUUUCGGCGUGGUUGUAG